AUGGGAAUAUUUCUUUUUUUGGACUGUGGUGUUGAGUCGCUUACUUCGGCCUUACUCAGCCGAUCGGCCGAGUCAAAAGUUGUCCCGAACCACCAUGUUCUCCGGAGCCCUGGUUCGCUGCAUCGCGGGAUCGGCUUCGUAGCUCAUUCAUUGCUUCAGACGCUCGCGGACCUCAACGACUUCAUUUCUCCGUCCCAGGCUUGUAUCAAGCCGGUGGAGCAAGUUGACAAACCCCUUCAAAAGUUGCCUGGCGGAGCAUCGACGGAGAUCCAAGUCGACUCUGGUGGCUCAUACUAUGAAGUCGCCAGUGGCUCUGGCAAGAAGCUUGAGCCUGCUCAAAUCAGUUUGAAUGACUGCUUAGCUUGUAGCGGGUGUAUAACGUCGGCGGAAUCUGUCCUGAUUACUCUGCAGUCUCAUACCGAAGUGCUCUCCUUCUUGGACUCUAAUACGGCGGCUCCGGUUGGCUCUCGGAAGAUCCCUGUCAUCUCCAUCGCCCCCCAAUCCCUCGCUUCUCUUGCCACCGCAGUUUCCUCGCGGACAGGCGUCCAUACUACCCCUCGACAAAUCCUUCGCCGCGUCCGUCUCUUCUGUGAAUCAGUCCUGGGCUUUGCUCAUGUGUUCGACACCACUUUUGCUCGCCAUGUUUCACACUGGGAGCAUCUGAAAGAGUUUCAAGAACGACGCGCUGAUUCUCAGACUCAUGGAAGGCUCCCUAUGCUUGCGAGCGCGUGUCCAGGGUGGAUAUGCUACGCGGAAAAGGCGCAUUCAGAGAUCCUCCCAUUCAUUGCGACAACCAAGAGUCCUCAGCAGGUGAUGGGCACUCUGGUGAAAGACUGGAUGGGUAAGAAGUGGGGGAAGCUGCCUGAUGAGAUUUACCAUGUCACUGUAAUGCCCUGUUACGACAAAAAACUAGAAGCAUCGCGCUCCGAUUUCUUCAACUCUGAUUAUUCGACACGAGACGUAGAUUGUGUGUUGACCACGGGGGAGCUAGAGGUCAUCAUGCAAGAAAAGGACUGGGACUUGGAGUCGGCAGUUGCCGGUGAACAAGACCACCUGCCUGUUCUGGAUUGGUCUAAGAAACCCGAUCUGGUUUCUUGUACAAAUUUACCGGAACUUGUAUCGCAUCCCGGGUCGUCGUCAGGAUCAUUCCUGCAGUCGAUUAUUUCUCAUCUGCUGGCAACAUCGGAAAGCCCGUUAUCUUUAUCGGUCAAAACCAUGCGAAACUCCGACUACCAAGAGUUUGUGUUGCGUCGCGAUAGCGACGAUGUGGAGGUUUUCAAGGGGGCCACAUGUUAUGGUUUCCGAAAUUUGCAAAAUGUGGUCAGGAAAGUUGGGCGAGACCGUGGAGCAACAGCGGGACGAAUUGCGGGGCGACGGAAACAAGCGGACCGAAGCUAUGAUUACAUCGAAGUGAUGGCCUGUCCGGGCGGUUGUGUGAAUGGAGGCGGUCAGCUCAAGCCUUUAACGCGAUCAGCUGAUUUCCAAGGGGAUAAUUCCAAAUGGGGCGACAAGGAGUGGACCAAGAAAGUCGAAGCCUCAUAUUGGUUGGAGGAGGGUCAAGCUCGCGACGAUGCAGAUCAACUGCUGCGUGGAAAGCGAUAUAGUAGGAUUAGCUGUGAAAUGGUAGCGUAUAGAAUAGUACAAGCGAAAGCGAAAACAAGGCGAAAGCAACUGCAAAGGACCAAAGCACCAAUACUACCGGCGGAUGACGACCUGAUGUCGAUUAGGAAAAAAAAGACAUAG